AGUCUUUCAUUUUAGCCCCAGUCGUCCACUGCUAAACCUCAAUGUUUGGCUCUCUCUCAUUCGAUAGGUCUCUUCCUUAUUAGCUCCUCUGUCAACAUGAAUGAUCCAUGGCAGGAAUGUAUGGACUUCUGUUUAGAUGUCACCAAACGGGCAGGAAAAAUGAUCCGUGAGGCGCUCCAGAAGGACAUCACCAUCAUGCAAAAGAGUUCGCCGGUUGACCUGGUGACCGAGACGGACCAGAAAGUGGAACAGCUCAUUAUAUCUUCCUUAAAGGAAAAGUACCCCACGCACAGCUUCAUUGGUGAGGAGUCAGUAGCUGCUGGUGCUCCCAGUGUUCUCACCGACAAUCCCACUUGGAUCAUUGACCCCAUUGACGGCACCACCAACUUUGUGCACAGGUUCCCCUUUGUGUCUGUAUCAAUCGGCUUCACAGUGAAGAAAGAGAUAGAGUUUGGGAUUGUCUACAGCUGUAUAGAGGACAAGAUGUACACUGCACGGAGGGGGAAAGGAGCUUUUUGUAACGGAUCCCCUAUCAAAGUUUCCGGACAGGAAGAUAUAAACAGGUCUUUGGUGCUGACUGAAAUGGGUUUCAAGAAGGAACCUGAAAGCUUCAAAACGAUGCUGGCCAACAUAAAGACAAUCCUCACCAUACCGGUUCAUGGAAUACGCUCUCCAGGCAGUGCGGCCAUCAACAUGUGCCUGGUGGCGUGCGGCUCGGCGGAUGCUUACUACCACAUGGGCAUCCACUGCUGGGACAUGGCUGGAGGGGCAGCCAUCGUUACUGAAGCGGGGGGAGUUAUCAUGGAUAUUUCCGGUGGGUCGUUUGAUCUGAUGUCUCGCAGACUGAUUGUUGCCAGCAGCAGGGCUAUAGCCGAACGAAUUGCCAAGGAGAUAACAGAGUUUCCCGUUGGCAGAGACGACACAGAAAGCCAGUAAACCUCGCCUCUUUCCUCUGCAGCCACGUAAAAACACACACAGCUGCUUUCAGCAUAGCAGGUGUCGCGUCCGUUUUUGCCUUAAGAACUAAAAUGAUGCAGUUACCUCUGAAAAACAGCAGGCGGGUUUAAAGCCAUUUUUUCCUUCUGCAUACCAGUACUUAUGCAUCCACAGCUUCACCUAUGUUGUUGUAUGUAUUGUAUUUUAUCUAAUCACUCCGCCAUGUUAUUUAUUUUGCAACUAGAAACAAAAGUGAGGAUUCUUUGUAAAAACAGAAUAAGAAAAAUACCUCAAAUCAUUUCAUCUCUUAGAUUUAGAUAGUGACUUUAACACUUACUGACCCCCUUAAAAAAUGUGUUAAAAAAGAAGAAUAAAACAAUUUAUUCAGCCAUUAUAGUAUGUGACUUCAUGUUUUAAACAUACACAAUAGUUUAAGUUGAUUAUAGUGUUGAAGGACCUUUGAAUAGCAGUGAAACUAUAUUAAUAGUGUACAAAUCUGCCACGAGUUAGGCUGUCGUCACUCUUUUAAUAGGAAAGAUCUGCUGAUCACCAUAAGAAAUGGCUUCAAGAAUAGAAUCACUAAACCUAACCCUGCUAAUAUCUACAGUCACAGCAAUGACAAAAAUGCGUAUAUGACUGGAGCUGUCACAAAUGAGACAGGAAGAAAUCCCAAAUUUACGCUGUGAGAUUUUGGGCUCAGUAUUGUACGAGCUACUGGGCGCUAUCAAGCUAUCCAUCAUUUCUGCAGGUUCCUAGAAAAAAAAGAAAUAUCUUAAAUAUAUUAACCUUCAUUGCUUUUCCACUGAAAAGUCCAGAUUGUGUCCAGAUUUGCCAUACUAUGUCUGGAAUAACAAAUAAUAAUAUAUUAGAUUUGCACAUUUGUUCAUUUACCGCUUCAUCAACCAUCAGAAUGUUUACUUUGACCAUAAGCUAGUUUCUGCCUUGAUUGGAUUUUUGUCUGUUUAGACAAUUAUAACUAAAACGCUCAUGUUCAGUCAUCCAGUGCUAGCUU